AGAAAAAGUAAAAACCUUGUUAUUUUCGACCUGGGUAAAGGCUUUUGUAAGCUGUAGAAGAAACGUUAAUGGUGUUGAGGAACCCUGCGUUGACAGCAUCGUUGUUAGUGGUCACCACAAGGAGGCUCUACCUCCGCCAUCUUUCUACAUCUACAUUCAUGGCGUCUACAGUUGUGGAUCGCAGUUUGCUGGUUUUAUGUGGCAAAUCAGUGUUUGAGAAUGAAAGUGCUAAAGCUAUUAAGACCAAUAACACACUCAAGCUCCCUAACAACGGAGAAUUCUCCCUUGUUUUGCAUUCGGAGCUGGAUCAAACUGUUAUGCAAGGGUCUUUCCAAGUUCAUUCUUUUAUGGAUUCUCUUUCCACCAGUCAAUUUGGAAGGCUUCUCAUAUGGUCUCCACGGUUAACUUCAACGCAUGAUGUUGUUUCACACAACUUUUGUGAACUUCCCAUUGGUACUGUUUGUGUUGCUGAUGCUCAGACCAAGGGACGAGGUCGGUCAAAGAAUGUAUGGGAGUCUCCGUUAGGAUGCCUCAUGUUUUCUUUUACUCUGCAAAUGGAGGAUGGACGAAUCGUUCCUUUAGUUCAGUACGUGGUUUCCUUGGCUAUCACAGAAGCAAUCAAGGAUAUCUGUGACAAAAAUGGAUUACCCUGUAUAGAUGUUAGAAUCAAGUGGCCAAAUGAUCUUUACUUAAAUGGCUCUAAAGUCGGAGGCAUUCUUUGCACCUCAACCUAUAAAUCAAAGAAGUUCAAUGUUAGUGCAGGAAUAGGCCUGAAUGUCAAUAAUGAGAAGCCAACUACAUCCUUAAACACAAUUCUGAGAGAGUUAUCUAUGGGAGCUUACCAAUUUCAAAGGGAAGACGUUCUGGCUGCCUUUUUUAACAAAUUUGAGAAAUUUUAUGGUUUAUUUGUGAAUCAAGGAUUUCAAACACUAGAGGAGCUAUAUUGUAAGACAUGGUUGCACAGUGGACAGAGAGUUAUUGUACAGGAAAAGAAUGAUGACAAAAUGAUUGAACAUGUGGUUACUAUUCAGGGUUUGACAUCCUCUGGAUAUUUGUUGGCUGUCGGUGAUGAUAAUCAAAUGUGUGAGCUCCACCCUGAUGGUAAUAGCUUUGACUUUUUCAAAGGACUGGUCCGAAGGAAACUGGACUGAAGCAGAUUCCUUUACCCUUGUUGGAUCCAAGUUGGAAUGGCCAUUUAUCCACACUUAUUUCAAUGCUAUUAGUUUAAAUUUUUUCAUUAAAUUCACGUUUAGAGAUUUUUUUAAUGUGUUUCUAAACACAAACUAACUUUUAACAAACUUUGUAUAUAUUUUCAAGGUUUUGACUUCAAAGCUAAAUUUUAUCCAAUAAAUCAAAUAUGUU